AUGACCCAAGAAGAGUCAAACUUGGAUUUUUUGACAAUUCAUCUCCAACCCCACCUAUGGCCUUGGAAAGGCCGAGAGAUGAACAGACAAACUUUGGAAGAUAGCGAAACCACAGCCACUGCCAUGGAAGAAAACAAAGGGGGGCAGAUAGAAGAAACAGGUAUGAAACUUCGAGAAGGUUCAAAGAAGAAAGACAAGGAGAACUUAGCAGAAAAUUCAAAUGAGCCAGGUCAUAUCUUGACUGAAGGAAAACAUUUCAGUGACCAAAAAGUCCUUUCAGUGGAAGGGACCAGCUUCCAGUACCCUUCAACGGGUAAGACAGAUACAUUCAGUGAUGAGAAUACAAGAAUGGCAGAGGAGAAAGCUACUAGUACUGUAACAGAUCCUUUCACACACCUGAAAAAAUAUCCAGGAAUAAAAGUGGUCUUCAAAACCAAGAAAACCAAGGAGGAAUUAAUGAAAGAUGAACUACUCAAUGUUCUAGCGGAUCUGAAAGCUCAAGGGGAAUCUUCAGGACAUAUGAAUAUGAAGGUACCUACAGCUCAACUGAAGAGGGUUGUAGAACUUGAAAAUUUGAUGGAGCAGGCAGGAUGGAAUGAGGUAUGGUCAAAAUUCCAUGACUAUUUUGAGGAGAUUACAUGGAGAUACUGGAAAAGAUCUAUCAAAGCUCAAUUGCAGCAAACCAAAUUAAUUGAGGGUUGGAAGCUUAUCAAAAACAGCGCAAGUGAUGAGCUAAGAACUUGUAUGAAGCUCUUACAGGCUGAAGAAUAUUGGCCAGUCUUCUCUGGAAUCAAAUACAAAACCUAUACAAACGCUCUGAACUUGAUCAGAGAAAUGCAGGUAAAAAACAAUGGAAAUGAUUACAAAGAACUAUGCAGAUUGAUUCCACCAAAGUUACUUCAACACAGGCUAUCUAGGAUGGAAUAUAUGUCUCAGAGGCCAAAGAUAAUUUCUAAUUGGUAUUCUUAUGAAGAGAUUAAAUUAAAACAAGAACAAGGAUAUGACACAUUGUUGAUUAUGAUGAUUGAGGAGGCUUUGGACAUAGCUACUCAAUUAGAGUCAGAAAAUUGGUCAUCCAAAAUGAAAGACAAAAAGAUAUGGGAAGUUUUUGCAAAACUUUUCAGGGUAAUGGGUGGGGAGAUCCAUGGAUGUGAUGAGGUUGAUGACACCAGCAUAACAGGUCACAAAAACUAUAAGUCCACUUACUGGCCACCAUCAAUUGAAUGUGAGCUUUUCACAUGUGGUUCAACUCCUCAAUCUCAUAGAUUCAGAAAAGCAUUCCACAUUGCAUUGAGAAACCUUGGAGAAAUCAAACAUAUCUAUAAAGACUCAAUGAAUGAUGCCAGUUUCUUUAGACUGAUUAGGAUGGCAGGAGAUUGGUCUCUUGCAGACAUUCUUUUAGGUGUACACAAUGGUGUGGAUUUGAAAACAUUUAAAGCCUAUAGAUAUCUGGCUAAGUCAAAUCACCAUCCAUAUAUCCAAGCUUCGAAGCUUGACAAAGAGAAACUGGCAGUCAAACAAGUGUACAACUUCCAAAGAUUUCUUCAUGCCAGGAUGGAACUUAAAAAGGAGGGCAAAAUUUCAUUUUAUAGGCCUUUAGAGUCACUCAGGGUGCUAUGA